AUGGCCAUGGCUUCUUCCCAGCCGAAGCAGCAGAUGUUCGGCGAGCCCAUCUCUCUGGUUGGCCCGACGCCGGCCGACCUCGAGGCCACGGCGGAGCUGGAGAAGGUCCUGCGCGAAGCGGGAAUGUACGAGAGCCCCCAGGAGUCGGCUGUCCGCGCCGAGGUGCUGCGCGACCUCCAGGGCAUCGUCGACCGCUGGGUGAAGCAGCUCACGCUCAAGCAUGGGUACCCCGACGCCAUGGUCGACGAGGCCACCGCCCUGCUGCUCCCCUUCGGAUCCUACCGCCUCGGCGUCCACGGCGGCGGCUCCGACAUCGACGCGCUCGUCGUCGGUCCCUCCUUCGUGGACCGCGACCAAGACUUCUUCGGUGUGCUGGCCGGCGCGCUGGCCGAGGCGACGGAGGCCGUGACGGACCUGCAGCCCGUGCCCGGCGCGCACGUCCCCGUCAUGAAGCUUAGGUUCCGCGGCGUGCAGGUGGACCUCGUCUACGCCAGCGUCAACCUCCCCGUGGUGCCCCGGGACCUGGAUCUGAGCGACCGCGCCGUGCUCCGCGGCCUGGACCACGUCACCGCCCGCAGCAUGAACGGCGUGCGCGUGGCCGACGAGAUCCUGCGGCUGGUCCCCGACGCCGCCGCGUUCCGCACGGCGCUGCGGUGCGUGAAGCUGUGGGCCAAGGCGCGGGGCGUCUACUCCAACGUGUCCGGCUUCCUCGGCGGCGUGGCCUGGGCCAUCCUGGUGGCGCGCGUGUGCCAGCUCUACCCCAACGCCGCGCCCAGCAUGCUGGUGUCGCGCUUCUUCAAGGUGCUCAGCCAGUGGAAGUGGCCCACCCCGGUGAUGCUCUGCGACAUCGAGCACGACGACGAGCUUGGCCUCCCCGUCUGGGACGGGCGGAGGAACCCGCGCGACCGGACGCACCUCAUGCCUGUCAUCACGCCGGCGUACCCGUGCAUGAACUGCACCUACAACGUCUCGCAGGCCACCCAGCGGAUCAUCAAGGAGCAGAUCCAGGCCGGCCACGUCGCGUGCCAGGAGAUCGCCGCCGGCGGCGACCGCGGCUGGGGCGCGCUGUUCCAGCCGUUCCCGUUCUUCAGGACGCACAAGAGCUACCUGCAGGUGGACGCGACGGUGGCGGGCGGCGAAGAAGAGCUCCGGGAGUGGAAGGGGUGGGUGGAGUCGCGGCUGCGGCAGCUGGUGGCCAAGGUCGAGAGGGACACGUUCGGCGAGCUGCUGUGCCAUCAGAACCCGCGCGCCUACGACGCCGAGCCACACGGCUUGCGGUGCGCGUCGUCCUUCUUCGUGGGCUUGUCGAAGCCACAGCAGCAGCGACAGCAGCCAUCCCCGCCGCAAGGGCAGCAGCCGCAGUUUGACCUCCGUGCGACGGCGGACGAGUUCCUGCAGGACGUCUACACGUACAGGUUCUGGAGGCCCGGCUUGGAGUUGGCCGUCAAGCACGUCCGGCGGAAGGACCUGCCGCCAUACGUGAUGCACAAGAUUCGUGGUCCGAAUAUCCAUGAGCUCAAGAGGAAGCGCGACGACGACGAUUCUUCACCUUCGUCGCCGACGUUGUGUUCGUCGUCAUCCGCCUCCUCUUGUGACGAUGACUCCGUCCGAAGACCUAGCAGCAGGGCAAGGCUGCAUCCAACAUAG